CAUGCCGGCACUGAUAACGUCGGAAUGUAAACAAAGCACAUAGACAUGCGCGCCUAGCUGUUGGUCUCCCCUCCCCAAAAAGGAGGCAUGGUAAGAAGCGACACGCACACACAGCCACAUGCGAUCACGUCCAUCCAGCCAGAAUCGGAUAUGGCACGGACUACUGACUGGCGUGUGCUGCAUGGCCAAUGAAGAGGACGAUUGUCACUUCUUCAUUCUUCUGUCGGCUGUCGCAGCAGAAGCACGCGUUUUCGGGGUGACUACAUGUGUUUCGUCGUUUGAAAUCUAUUUUGGGGAUUGAGUGUGUUUCGAGUGAUUCGAAAAGAUUGCAAAUCGUGACAAUUAUACUUUGGGAAAUGAGUGCAGUUAAUACAGUGAUAGGAGUGAGGAAAUAUCAAAAUGAUGGUGAUGCGCAACGGUGAAUAGUUUCUUGAUUAGAGCAUAUCGUCCACGGUGUGGGUGUAGUCUGGUGAAGAAAGAAAAUAAUACUCAUUCAUAUUCAGCUCGCUUAUCCGAGCGACGUGACGGCACUGCAAAUUGGAAGAAAUUUUCAUUAUAUAGGUGUGCAAUACCGAAGAGAAUAUAAGCGAACAAGUGUACCACUAUAUACGACGGUGAAGACGACAACAACGACGGACGGUUUGUCCGGGAUUCAUGAUGGAAGCUCGUGCAGGGGCGUGAUUUAAUUCUAGCGACCAUUACCGGCACCGAGACUUUGCCAACGUCGUCAUUGGAGCUGCAGCGCAAAGAAGGACGACGUGACGUGAUCAUUACGGUCCGAAGGUCGGAGGUGAUUCAGGCACGGAUAUUCGAUUUAAAGAAACAGCGGCUCCAGUAACCUGUGAUCAGCGAUUUCCAAUUUGAUCCGUGCGUAUCAGGCGCGAAAUUACUUAGCUCGGAGCCGUGCGAAUCGUUCAGUCGGCGACCAACUGCUGCAAUGAACACGCUCUACCUCGUGUACGUGCCCCACACGGUCGAACAAGGUACACCUGCUGUCCAGCAGCUUUCUACGUUCGAGUAUGCCACCGUGGAAAUUGUCAACGGCAUCCGAGUUCCACUGGAUCCUGUUGCUUCGAUACAGCAACAGCCGGGACCGACGACGAACGGGAAUGUGGUCCAGCAGCAGAUGAAAUUUGGCAGAAAAGCUGAUCGCACACAUCUGUAUGCCGACUCGCCGACAAUCGAUCCAAAUAAGGAAAUCCUGCUAUCGGAACGACUUGCAAAGGAAAAUUGGGUCGAUAAGGAUCGAUUCUUGGAGUCGAAAGAGAUUGACGCUCGGUUGGAAUCGCAUUUCUAUCCACCAUUGGAUUACUUUACCUCUGAUCGCCUGCCAAUAGUCAACCCAGAUACAAUAAUUGAGGAUUCUACUUCGAGCCUCGACGAAGGAAUUGGCCUCAGUGCGACAGAUGAUUCCGGUGACGAUCAGAGCCUACCGGAUGACAACAACAACAACCACCACAACGACAGCAAUAAUCUCCAUCCAGAUAGCAAAGACGACGACGACGAAGACAGCGAAGAAGUUGGAGUCGAUGGAAGGGACAUUAAUUUUGCGCUUAUCAAGAGCAAGAAAAAGCGGAAGGCUAGCGAUAAUAAAUCAUACAAAUGCGAAAUCUGUGAGGAACUGUUUCCGAAGAAAAAACUGCUCCGUGACCAUCUCGUCGGGCAGCAUCCGGGCCAGAAUCUGAACCGGUGUCACAUCUGCGGCAAGACGUUCAAGUUACGGUCCAAUUUGCGCCAGCACUCGAGAAUCCACACCGGAGAGCGCCCCUUUCGGUGCGACAUUUGCGGGAAAACUUUCGUGCAGGGCAGUGCGUUGACCGUCCAUAAGGAGCUUCACAAGGAUAAGAAAGAACACAAGUGUGAUGUGUGUAAGAAAGACUUCAAGUCAAAGUUUGCUUUCAAGAAGCACGAAAAAGUGCACAAAGGGCUGAGGCCUUUUAUCUGUGAUGUCUGUGGGAAGUCCUUUACUCAGUCAUGUAAUUUGAAAGCACACCUACAGUUACAUAACGGGACGCAUGCUUUCAAAUGUACAACCUGCUUCAAGACAUUUCGGUUUAAAUCGCACUACGAGGACCAUCUAAUGACUCACACGAAGGACAAGAAGUACUCGUGUGGCAAAUGUGGCCGUAAUUUUGCCUAUAAAAACUCCUACCAACGCCACAUGCAACAUAUCCACAGGGAUGAAACGCCACACCAGUGCGGGGUUUGUAGCAAAACUUUCGUAAAACUAAGCCACUUGACGUUCCACAAAAAGUCCCACCGAAAGGCCGGCUCGUUAAUAUGUGAAAUUUGCGGUUUGGUGUUCGAGAAGGAGACUACCUUCGCCAAGCACAACGAAACUGUUCACCGCGAUGAAGACCAACAGAGACUGUUUAAAUGUGUCAUAUGUAGCAAAUCCUUCGAGGAGGAAUCCGACCUGACGACUCACUUUAUGCUGCACGAGGCAGAUGACUGUCCCUUCCAGUGCGGGAUGUGUGGGAUUUUGAACCUGAGCCAGGCGUAGGUAAUUAGCAAACGAAGCAAGGGGACGGAGAACCUUUUGCACGCGCCCCGAACGGUGGUUCUUUAUGCAUUCCUAGAUAAGCAAAAGGAAAAGUGUUGUGAUAUGUGGAAAUAUUUAGGACUCUCUUGUUGUACAACAUUUAGAUUAGGAUAAGAUUAUUUUUAAUUAUUCACUCGUAGGGAUCCCCAAGCAGGGCAAGAACAAGCUGAGUAGAAAGGCUAAGAGGGAUAAGAGAGUUAACUCUUCUGGGGCAAUAAUUUCAUAAAUUUAAAUUACAAUAAAGAUCGUAUUAGUCAUAUCUGGAAACCGUA